AUGGCUUCUACAAAUCUGAAAAGUUCAGAUGGAAAACAGAACUUGGUUCUCAACACUAAAAUCUCAAAAGAAUCAGACGCUAUUACCGUAUCUCAAAAUAGUGCAUUGGAAAAUGCAGAGGAUCCAAGACUGUCUAAUGGGAAUGACAAAGUUUGUAACAGAAAACCUGAAUCCUAUUUGAAUCAGAGAAUAACACAUACAAGGAAAGUUAAGCUAAAGAGAAAGAAUACAUUAGACAGUUUAGGAAUCAAAAGAAAAUUAGAAAACGAGGAAAAAUUCACCAGCAAAAAAGAACUGAAAAUAGUUGAACAUCAGGAUCCACCAGUUAUUCAGUCCCUCAGUCGUGUGCCCUUAAAAAGUGUAAUGGAUGUCGAAAUGAAAUUGGUUUAUGUUGAUGAACAACAGAUAAUGUAUGAAUUUGUGGAAUCCCAAGAAUACCGAAGUGCUGAAUCAACAUGUGAAGUUACCAAAUCAGGAGAAUCUACAAAUUCCUGUGCUUUAAAUUUGGCACCUCAGAUGGAUAAAUGGCUUGCUAAAGCUUUGAAGGAUGCAAGCUUUUACUACCACCAGAAGAAGUACUCAGUAGCAGCAGGACGAUUCAGAACAGCUUUGGAGCUGUGUAGCAAAGGAGCCGUUCUAGGAAACCCAUUUUAUGCAUCUUAUGAAAAGAUUUCGAGCAUUGCUAGUUUUAUCGAAACUAAGCUUGUAACUUGUUAUCUGCGUAUGAGGAGACCAGACCUAGCUCUUAAUCAUGCUCACAGGAGCAUUUUACUGAAUCCAAUUAACUUUCGAAAUCAUCUUCGUCAAGCCACAGUCUUCCGUUGUUUGGAGCGAUAUGCUGAAGCUGCAAGAAGUGCUAUGAUUGCUGAUUACAUUUAUUGGCUGCACGGAGCAAAGGAACAGAACAUCAGCAAACAUGUCAAGCUAUAUUGGCAGGCCAUGUUGGAAGAGGGUAUCACACAAGCUGAAACAUUUUCAGUUAUGUACACACCAUUUGCAGUGAAUCCAACUACGGCACAAAUAGAAAAAAUAAAAGAAGUUUUCAGGAAUAAACAUCCUUCUUAUGCCAACUACCUUUAUGCAGAUCCUGGCACAAAUCAUAUCCUGCCACAGACAGUCGAUUGGUCUGAAGCCUUUACACAACGCUACAUGCUGUUACUUGGUUUCAAGAAUCCAGAGGAUGGAAACUUUUUGGAAAAGAUCAUAAAUAGAAGGUCACCAACAUUCACAGAAUCUAGAACUCCAUUUUGGUCACUUACUGUAAAAGAAGUUGAGAAGAACAUGGAUAUCCUUGGGAGGAGGAUCCUGCCAGUUUUAGAUUUUACACUGUGCACUAAACUAGCUGGGGGAAUUUGCCCAGGCACAGGUGUGUUUGAGAAACUACAAUAUGCCAGUUAUCUGAGUCAGCUAAAACGAAUGAAGGAGCAAGCACAAGUGAUUAACCAAACAAUUGCAGAAUUAGCCACCAUGCCCUACCUGCAUGAAAUGAGUCAACAUGAAAUUGAACUGCUACAUUCAUUAAUGACUGAUGCUGUUGACACUCUUGAAGGAAACAAGACCAGUGGAGAAUGUGUUUGGAGCAAAACCGAAAAGGUUGGACUGAUUGAAGACCUUAUCUAUCAACUAGAAGAUAAUUUUCUGAAAUCAAAAGCUCUGAAAACAGCACGGAAACAAAGAAGAGAAGUGAAGAAGUUGAAAAGCCAAAAGCUAGUUCCAUUGCCUAGUGAUUUGAAGCAAACCAGAGAGACAAAGUCUGUGGGAAAGACAGCAAUACACUCACAGACCGAAAAAUGA